AAUUCCUAAGCUGCUAUCAAAUCAUCUGUUUCUAUUUGGAUUAUUUUCGUUUUUGUUUCGUUCAACAAAAUGAAGCGUCACAAUGCGAAGGCGAUUGCGGCAGCUGUUGCAAUUGCCGCGGCCGCUGCAGCAUCCGCUGAAGGUAAAAAGAAAACAGAGCAAACCAAGCAAAAUCUGAAUUCUUCGGCGCUGUAUGUGGAUGUGGUUAAGAAUAUGUCCAGGCCAGAGUCCUCGCCACCAGCCACACCGCCGCCGCCAAAGUUUACCAUAUUGCGCGAGGAUUUUCCAGCCUUGCCGGGCACCCACGAUGAUUUGCGUGGCAGCAAUGGAGCCGUGCCGGAUGAUUGGACAGCCAUGAUAAGCGACGAUGAUGAUGAUGAGGUGCUGCAGCCGCCGACACCAGACAGUGUCAGUGAGCGGGCGAUAUUCGUGCUGGACUCGGAGCCGGCGCCUGAUUUACUUGUGGAGCUGCACAGUAGCGGCAGCAGCAACGGCUGCAAAAAUAAUUCAUAUUCCAGCGACCAUGAAACGCUUGAAAAAGAGGCUCCAACGGUGGCACUCGUUGCCGCUACCACCGAUUUUAAUAACAGCCCCACCGAGCUGUUCUCCCCGGACAGCGAUGCUUACCAGCAAAAUUACUUCGAACGCCGGAGCAGCGGCAUCUUUGAUAAGCAGUUCCUCACCGCCGGUGUGGGUCAACGCGCGUGGAGCCGACAGACGUCAAACAACGACACGACAGCUCCUAACAUUGGCCCGCCACCUGGCUUUGAGCACAUCAAAUUUUAUGGGCGCCUGCGCACCAAUCGCAUGGGUGUGCCGCUGGGUGGCGUUACCUUUGACAUAACGCCGCCGCAGGGCAGCACACGUCGCUGGGAUAGACCGGGCAGCAGCAUGGAAGGUGCCUACGGCUUGGCCGGACUGGCUAGCAACUUAGAGGCGGCGCAACAGUAUCCGCAUCUGUUGUCGCAGAUCUUUGGCCACGAGGCGGCUGGUCUAAAUGUGGAUGCGCAUUGCUGUGCCUGCGAGGCGAACAAGUUGCACGCCUGCUUUGCCGGGCCGCUGCAGGGCGGACGCUGUGCGCCACAUGAGGUUAACUAUGAUGUGCCGCUGCACUAUCGACGCGCUGGCGGGCAGGACUUGCCGCAGCCCAAGAUAGAUCAGAUGGAGGUGGAGCUGUUGUUCUUCUUUUUCUAUACAUAUCCGGGCGAUAUGAUGCAAAUGCUGGCGGCUGCGGAACUGGCGGAACGCGGCUGGCGCUUCCACAUUUAUGAGCGUCUCUGGAUCCGGCGUCAGGCGGACAAUCCACACUAUGUUAUAUGCGGCUACCAGGAAUCCGGCGAAUACAAUUAUUUUAACAUGGUGCACUGGAAGAUACUAGCGCGUCACUUUGAUUUGAUGCCCGAGCAACUGGAGCGCACCAUCACAAAGGCCGAGCUGCGCGAGCAAUAUGGCUAUCACCCACAGAUGAGCUUCUUCUAAGACGGGCUUUGUCUUGGCGCGGAGAUUCAUUCAUUCUAGUCGGGUCCAAUUGUUAAACAAGUUAUCUAAUCUAUAGGACUUUACACCAUGAUACAAUAUAUGUAUUUUCACACAUGCACAUGCAGACAUAACGGUGUUUGAAUGGAAAAUUCAGUUUUCCCCAAGUUCCAGCAUAACUCAAAACAACUGAAAGCGUGCGAUUAUGAGAAUGUAAAAGCUUUUAAUAGAAUUUUAAUCUAGUUACUUUAAAUUUAUAAAAUAAAUUAUGCCCCAGUCGAUAGUGCUCG